AUGCACUACUACCGAGGCAGCCGCCACGAUGCAACUCAACCUCCAGAUGAGUCUCCGACCUUGCCUCUUCUCCGGCCACGUGCGUCUUGCUCCCCAGAAGCCAUUGUUUUGUUUGGUCGUCACAGAGGUUGGCCAGUUCUUCUCCCUCGUCGCCUCUUUUUCCUGACGAUUUUCUGUGUGUUCUCUAUCUGCUUUUUCACGGUGAGAUCCUCUAGAUCUGGUGAAGACAGUCUCUUCUCCUCUUGCUCAGCUUUCUCCGUCUUCGCAGGUGAACCAUUCAAAGUUCAAACCCUCCAGAUCCACCGGAUCCGACUGACCCACCAGACGUUGUGGAUCUAUGAUACCCUCUUCUCUUCUCUCUCCUUCUCAGAGGUCGACUUCUUCCUCUGCAUUGUUGUCUUAGAUCUUGCUAUCUUCGACGAGGAACCAUUCCGGCUUACUCUUACAUUAUGUAUCUUUCACAUCUCCAUUUAUCCUCAUCGGUCAGUCCUCCACCGUAUCUAUAAGCUUUGGCCAUUUGAAGCUUUCCAUCGUACUCCUCGCUAG